AUGGGCUGCGCGUCCUCAACACCCGGUGGUGAGGCCUCGGCUCCUGCGCCUCGGCUCUCACAGCGCGAGCGCGAGCAGAAGAAGCCGUCGACCUGCGGCUCGCUGGUUUGGAAUGAUGUGGCACAGGGCACGCUGCAGCUGGUUUGGACGGAGAACGACCCGGUUGAAGGCGCACUCGCCUUCUUCGAGACGGAGGCCAAGGUGCCGGCGUUCAAGCUGACUCAGAACUGCGGCAGGUCAGACAUCAUGAAGGGCUUGGGCGGGCCGAAUAACACCAAGUUUUACCAGGCGUGGACGCAGUUCAUCAAGCUCGCGCAGGCGUGGCCGGGCGAGUUCACGCAUGUGCUAAACAUGGACGCCAAGCCGCUCGCCAUCUACACCACCACCGAGGCCAUCAAGGUGAGCCGGAUCACGCGCGGCGAGGCGGUGGACCUCUCGCAGGUGACGUGCGUCGCCAUCGUGCCCGAGGCCUCGGGAGCGUACCAGGGCGUCACCUCGCUCGAGCUAGGGAUGUUCAAGCAGAACUGCAAGAGCGGCGGCGGCGUUGUGCUGGACCUCGUGUCGAGCGCCAGGUCGAGCGCCCCGCCGUCGCCUGUCCAUUCGAGCCCAGUGCCGGCCGCCGCUUGA